AUGCCCAACCCUGGAAACGUUGCUGGAGGCUAUAAAGCCGCUCUUCAUAACCCUAACGUGUCGGAUGAAGCCAAAGAACACUCCAAGGAGGUUCUUGAGCACGAAGACUUCAGCACAAGCCCUACUCACGCUAAGAACCCUGGAAACGUAGCAGGAGGCUAUAAAGCUGCCCUCCAUAAUCCUCAUGUUUCUGAAGAAACCAAGAAACACGAUCAGGAAGUCCUCGAGGAAUUGGAAUAA